UGGUGUUGUCAAUUUCUUUAAAAGCAAGCAGAAUGCCGGGGGUGGACAUUGGCGAAAGCGCAGGGCGGUAAACGGCGUAACUUUCCAGAAGCAAAAAUAGGCGGCGCGAGAGAGGCGGCAAAAGCUGACCAGGAAGGAAAGAAUGGGAGGCUUGUCUUUGGCGCUGCCGUCAAACGUGUGAGUGAGGACGGAGGUGGGGGGCUGUUUGGUCGGUGUGAGAAGGCGAGGGACGGCAGUAUCCUGCACUGUUUUCUGGUGCGCCAGGUACUGAGCUGAGUCAGAAUCGGGCCCCUUGAGCAGAUUCAUGGCUUACUAGGGACUCCAAAAGCCAAGGGCGGCGCUUGCCACUGCUGCUGCUUUCCUUCUGACUGAGUAGAUGUCUGGGGGGUUCUUCCCCCUCCCCUUUACGUUUAAAACAGGGGCACGUAUGCAGUCGGGUUAAUUUGCACAAGACUGUCCUGGGAAACAGAGUUGUGCUGAGUACACCCUCAAAGCACAUUUCCCCCGCCUCAAAGAAUUUUGGGUGUGGGUGCUGUAAUUCACCUCUCGCCCAGUAAUAAUUUCCAGCAGCCCUCAGCAAACUACAAUGCCCAUAAUUCUUUUAGGCGUGUUAAUGUGCACGCACUUUGAUAUGCUGACACCAUGAGGUUCUUUUUGUUGGGCCAGCGCUUGAAGACAAACAGAAUAAAACAACAGCAACAACCCUUGACUGGGGAAAGGAAGAAGAAAAACCCUAUCUUCUGUUUAGGCUACUGUCUUCUUCAAGUCAGCCUUCAAAGCUGGUGCCCUGUCAAAUUUUCAGUUGUGAUGGACAGAUACAGAAUGAGAUGGAAUAAGUGCAGCGUUCUCUUUUCCCUCUUUGGUGGUGGUGUAUUGUGGUUAAAACAAGCCGCUGCCUGCAAAAUGCUGUAACUAGAAGCUCACAAUGAGGUUCAGGGGAUGGGUUAGGGUGGUGCUGUGGUCUAAACCACAGAGCCUAGGGCUUGCCCAUCAGAAGGUUGGCGGUUCGAAUCACCGCGACAGGGUGGGCUCCCGUUGCUCAGUCCCAGCUCCUGCCAACCUAGCAGUUCGAAAGCACGGCAAAGUGCAAGUAGAUAAAUAGGUACAGCUCCGGCGGGAAGGUAAACGGUGUUUCCAUGCACUGCUCUGGUUCGCCAGAAGCGGCUUAGUCAUGCUGGCCCGGAAGCUGCCUGCCGACAAAUGCCGGCUCCCUCGGCCACUAAAGCAAGAUGAGCACCGCAACCCCAGAGUCGUCCGCAACUGGACUUAACGGUCGGGGUCCCUUUACCUUUACUUGUUUUCCAAAGGGAUAGAAAGGAAUAAAUGUACAUUUUUUUUGAAAAUUAGUUUAAUUGUUCUGUUUAACACAAUGAGAUUUGCAAACAUGCAGCUGAAAAUGUGGGGUUGUUCUGAAAUUUACAUGCUGAUCCUAAACGUGUUCAUUUCGAUGCAAGAUUUGUUGUUCUCAACAGGAUAUGUAUGCAGAUAGUAUGCUUCAAACUGCAGAUAGAUUGAAGUGUUGUACCUAUUUUUUACUGAACAGGUUUUGAGUUUCUUGACAGUUAGCUGGGUUAAGGUUGCCACAGCAAUUUUUAUUCACAACUCAAAACGUAUACUCAAUAGCCAGAAUAAUCAGUCACAGCAGUAAUAAUUCUUAGUUUUGCAGUGCUAAUUUAACACCUAUAAAAUCCCUGGUAUCAAUUAAGAUGGAAUGAAAUUGCCUGAUAAAUUCUAAUCCAGCAAUUUUGUGCUAAAGUUAACUCUAAUUUUCAGUUAUUGAACUUUAAAUAGCCAAAAGACAGUUGGUUUUGCUGAUUUAGACAUAACAUGGCCAUUUCUCAGGAUAUGUCAUACUGUGAGGGACUAGACAUAAUUUUGCCUCUUCUUAUUGUUCUUUAUUUCAGAAUCAUAGAGGGAAACAAAGAAGUCAACUGUACUGUUCCAGAGUACUCUAAGCAAACGUCCCAUAAACUGAGAUUAUGACUUACCUCACAGAUAGAAGAGAAAGACUUUCUACUAUUCUUAAGUGCACUUUAGUUUCAUGUUUAAAUGUAAUUUAUUGAACUAAACCAAACUUGAGCUUUUUAAAAUUGUGUUUGGUUAUCUUUGUCAUAUACAACAAGGAGAUAAAAUCCAGUGUAGUGGAAGAAAACAAUACAUAUAUUUUAAAAUGCUACAAUAUUAUUAAAUCUGAAGAAGAUAUUUUGUAUGUUGUUGAGCUGUCAUGUCUGACGUUAGCCUGUUGGAGGAAGACAUUUGGGAGUACAAAUCUAUUCGGAAGCUAAAGUCAGACCAGAAUUCAGAAGCUAUCUGUACAAAUGUACAUAAAGCAAACGGUGGAAAGUCACAAAGACAUGGCAAUAGGAAAACAUCAGAAGAAAAACAGACUUCGAAGAUGACAAAGCAGGGACCAAGGCAAAGAAGUAGCCAAACACCUUUAAAACCAGAUCUACAUGUCGGUGUUCCCAAUAAUGACCCUGCCACACAGUCACAUGAAGGCAUUUCAUUGACACCAUCAAAGCGAAAGAAAAACUGCAAGAAGCAAACCCCUUCAAAAGAUCGUCCAAUUUAUGAAGGACAUUGCCCAAGUUGCCAGAUGCCAUUUUCUUUGUUGUUGAUCCAAACACCUCAUUGGCAUGUGACAGAAUGUUUAGAUGGCUCAAGAACUGCUGAAAAAGGUACAGCCAUGGUUGGGGAGAAGGUGUCUUUCAAAUAUAUUUGCUACUGUGUUUGUGUGUGUGCUUUUGCCUUUAACAGGAGUCCAAAAUUUGGAAACUUCGCAGGUGAAGCCUUUUCUAUCACUUACCUCCAUGUGAGGGAAACAUUUACUUAAAUUUCUGCAGCAGGCUGUAGGAUGACAUGUAAAAAUAAUAGUAGCCCUUUUUCAAAGUUGAAACAAACUUCCAAAAACUUACGUCAGGUUGAAAAUUGAAAUAACUGGGAAAGUUAGCAUUAUUUCAUAAUGUAAAAAUGUUUAUCUGAUUUCAGAGAACAAAAUCUUGCAGUUCUGAAUUACAGGUUCUGGGCCAGUGGCAAGAUAUAGUCUUAAAUACGUAAUGCAAACAGAAUUCAAAAUGCUAGGUUUUUUUGUUUUUCUGAUAACAUUCUACAUCAACAAAACAUGAACAAAAAUGAUACAACAAGAAAAAUUUUCCUUUCAAAGAUUUCAAAGAAUCAACAAAAAACCAGAAAACAUUUCUUGACUUCCUAUCCUCUCUUUCCAUGGUUCCUUUUAACCCCUCUUUUCCUUGUGUUUUCUAAGUUCAUCCCAUCUUUCGCAACCAUUUUAUAUACUUUAUUUAUUUCUUACCCUGCUGAAAAUAUUACCAUCCUGCUAAGUAAAUUGUUUGCUUAUAAUACUUUUCCAUAUAUUCUAUAAAUAGUAUCCAGUCCUCUUUAUAUUUUUCAUCAUUUUGGUUUCUUAUUCUAGUGGUCAUCCUUGCUAACGCCAGAUAUUCUAACAGUUUAAUAUGCCAGUCUUCUUUUGCUGGCACUUUUAUCUGUUUUCCAUUUUUGUGCUAAUAAUACAUGGCCGACCAUUGUAGCAUAUUAAAACAACUUUAUUUCUUUAUUGUAAACUGCUGAUGUUAUUAACCCCAGCAAUAGUGCUUCUGGGUUUUUAGCAAAAGAUUUUAAAAACAUUUUUAAAAGUUCAAUAUAAAUCAUUUCCCAAUAAUUUUUAAUUAUGCUACACAACCACCACAUGUUGUUUUACACUUCCAAAAGUUGCCCUUUAUUGAUUUUUACAUUUUUGCUAAUUGGUCGUUGUUUUCAAUACCACCUUCAUAAAGUUCUCUCUUAACAUAUAGCAUGCCGUAAAUCUUACAUUUGCUUUCCACAGUUGUUCCCAUAGUAUAAAAUAAAUAUUGGGUCCAGCUUAAAUGUUGUCUAACUUAAAUGUUGCCUGAAAUGCUAGGUUUUACAUAUACAAUUUUACAAAGCUAAAGUGCCAGCCUGUGCCUUGUGUUAUCUUUUGAGGUCCUUAUCUUAAGGGCAUUAAUGUUACUUGUUUCUGCCUAAGGAAGCAGAUCACAACGUUACAUGUUGUUAUUUUGUUUUCAGAUAGUUGAAAAGUUUUCAGUCAAGACAUUGCAUGCUGUUCUAAUAACAGUUAUUUGGAUGUGAGACAAUUCAUUUCCAAGGAACCUUAUUUCUGUGUAAGAAGGGAAGAAUGUAUUGCCUUUAAUUCAGAAUAGGGAGGACUUUCUUGUACAUCUUCAUGCAUGCUGAAACGUCCUCUUUGAAAUUAAAGGCUCUCUUCUUUCAAGUGGUGCUGUCAUAUGACAUCAGGCAUUACAGUGAACUAACAUCUAUCAUACAUGUACUAAAUUUGAGACUAUAACGCUAAUGUACAGAAGGUUGACAAUUGUCAUAUUUUUUGUGUUUUUUAAGUAAACCUUUUGGGAACCAUGUUGUUCUGUAAGUAUACAGUUGUACUCAAAACACAUUUUGUUUUCUUCCAUUCCCAACAUGUUUUUGUUUCUUUUCUUAGAGUGCCCUGAUGGUCUUCUGUGUACUUCAACUAUUCCUUCUCAUUACAAACGGUAUAGCCACACCCUUCUUGCUGCAAGCAGAGCAGGGGAAUAUGUUGCUGAAUUUUCCUCAUCUAACACAGAAAAUGAUUUAUUUAGUCUUGGUACUGCUUCAUCCAUCAACUGCAGUGCCUUCAGCGAUGGGGUGUUGCAGGAUCUGAAAGACUUCCAGAGUGUGGGAAAACCUCCAAGACAGUGCUUUCUGUUGCCAAAAGCUACAAACGUUACAGAAAAUGUUAAAGAAUCUGAACACAGUACACAGCAUACAGAUGAAGUAAAGCUGGCUGAGUGCUGUGGUUCUCUUUAUCAAGAAACUGAAAGUGGUGAAGAUCUGGACAGUGGCUCUUACCAACGAAGUACGGUAAUCUCAGAAGCAGACCUAAGUGACUGUGAUAUUUCCUACUCUCCACUUAACACAGAUGGGGAAGACACUAUAGAGACAGAUGACGAGGAGAACAUAGAGGUAGAACGUUUUAGAAAAAGGCUAUUUGAUUUUGGGAGCCUAGAAGACAAAAGUGGAAGGAUUGGAAGUUUUAAUAAGCCACUAACUGCUUCACAACUAAGUGACCAGGAACACAACAUAGAGCAUAAUUUUACAGUAAGCAGUGAAUCCUACAAAACAUUAAAUGCAUUCCAAAGUGUGGAUGGUGUUUGUAAGACUCUCUCUCAAAGUAGCAUGCUUAGCAAAGUUUGCAGUUCAGCAAGUAUAUUGGAUCAGUUGAAACAUCCCACAGAAGCACCCAUUCCCCCUGUUGAAUAUAAAAAAACUCUGGAGAAACCCGAGGAGCUAAAAUUGAGUGCUUCAGCUUUUGAUGCAGGUGAAUGUGGGUGGGGCAACUCUGAUUACUCUAAUUGGGCCUCUACAGAGUCUGCUAAGGGCACAUUGCUUUCAGAAUUUAGAGAAGAAGGUACUAAGUCUCCUCUACCUGGCCUAAGAGAUACUGUGGAAGAACCCAGUAGUAGCUUAGUUACUGAAGGUAAAAGUGUUACUGGCAUAUGUAGAAGCAGGUUGGCUCAUAACAAUUCAUAUUCAGUAUCAGAAAAAGUGGGAAGGCUUUGUAAUAACAUAGCUAUGCCUGUUUUCCCAAGUACAGUCUCUAAAACACUGCCAUAUGUUUCUGCUGCUAAUGCUGAAGUCAAAACCACUCCUGCCAAGGAACUAAAACAAAUGGAUAUUGGUGUUUUCUUUGGGUUGCAACCGAAAGCCAAAAUGGAGAGUAACCAAAAGAAAAAUCUCUGUGAAAGUACACAGACUUUGAGUCCACCGGCUGCUGCAGGAAAGCGGCCCGGAUCUCGAAAGAGGAAAGCUGAAGGAUCAGUGGGAGAGUCUGAUACAAUCAGAGAAAGUUCAAGCAAAAAUGUCAUCUCUGCAGAUCCAACAUCUGGUGGACAGAAAAGGUGGACAAAGAGGUUUAGGGAGGCCUGUCCUGCUGAAGAGGGAACAAGAAAAAAACAGUGUCCCUUCUAUAAGAAGAUACCAGGUAGCAGGCUCUAUUUUGUUUUAGAACUGUAAUUCUCCUUAAGUAUAAAACAUCUUUUCAUCUUUUGUGCUAUGUGAAAUUCCUCUUUGAAGCACUUCUUCAUCUCUUUUUAAAGACCGCAGUUCUGCUCUUAAGAUGGGAGGAAGCCUUUAACAAUCACCAAAAUAUAAGUAAAAGAGCGAGCAUUGCUAUGAGUUCCCAUUAAAAACCUUAUUUUGUGGAGAAGUGUGAAACUAUAGAAUAGUAAUAGUAAUAAGAGUUACUUUAUAUUCUUGAAGAAUAGGACUAAAUACUCUUAAUUUUUUAGAAAGAGUAUUUAGGAAAAUAAGUGCCAUUAAAAUUUAAUUAUGUUUCUAAAUCUGAAGCUCAUCAAAUUCUGUAACAUUGUCUCAUAUAUUAUUUAAAGCUUUCUAUGAAAUUGAGCAUUUCAUAUGAAAUUUCUUUCUCUUCUACUACACAUUUGAUAAAUUGUUCGUGGAGCCUCAUCCUGUGCAUAUUUCUUUGGAAAUAAGCCUUACUGAUUUCAUGGGGCUUACUCCCAAGUAAUUAUGCAUAGAAUUGCAGCCUCAAAGCUCUUACAAGCAUGUAUAGUUUUACUCAGAAGUAAGUCCCAUGGUAUUCCCAGAUAAGUGUGCACAGGAUUGCAGCCAUAGUAUGUUGAAUCAUACCAACCCACAAAAGAAUGUAGCAACUCACGUUUUCAAGAUUGCUUAUUUGAAAUGCUUCACUGGCUGCAUUUCAUGUUGACCAAUGUUACAUUUCCUGGGUAUUACACCCAGAACUGGAAACUAUUCUAUGCAUCCCUUGAGUUCUCUUAGUCCUUGCUCUUUCAGGUUGCAGUCUCCUGAAUUUCCAACCAAUAUUUCUGAUGUUCACCACCUCUGUGGCUCUUGAGCCCUAUGCACAGGCAAUCUAGGAUUCUGUGCUAAAAUAAUUAACUAGGUUAAAUUAUUCUAACUGUGUGUAUUUGCGUAUUUAAUUGUUUAAAAGUUUUCAUUUGGAAGUUUGUGGUGUUUUGCGAUGACUGGCCAAGAAAGAGAGGGACUUUGAUCAAAAGUGUAAAAAAUUAAUAAAUACACAAGAUGUGUUGAGAGACCUGGUACAGAUUAUAUUUGCUCUGGCAGUUAACCUCUUUGUCUUGUGUCACUUAAACCCUUCCCUUUAUUUUCAUUCACUUUUUAAAUUGCUAGUGGUAGUUGUUGACCUUGGCAAUUCCAGUGUACAUUAGCUGAUUGGCUGUUCUUGUAUUAAUUUGUUACAGGUACAGGUUUUGUAGUAGAUGCAUUCCAGUAUGGAGAAAUUGAAGGAUGCAAGGCUUAUUUUCUUACACACUUCCAUUCUGAUCAUUAUGGUGGCCUAACUAAAAAGUUUACAUUCCCAAUAUAUUGCAAUAAGGUAGGUUUGGGCUCAAGGGUGAUGUGCACAAUAAGAGUUAUGCAGUCUAUGCAAAUGUUACUGAUACACAGCUGGUACAUUUAAUUUUACAGUUGACUUGAAUAAAUCUGUCAUUUACUUCUGGGAUUUAUCUUUUUGGGGUUAGCACAAAUGGUGGUCAGGAGCUGCUAGAAUAGCUAACCUGACCUUCACUUAGUUUUUUAAAGUCAUCCUUACCACUACUGUCCUUUUUGCAGAACUGUAAGUUGUAAUAUUGAAGAGAACAGAGCACAUGCCAAAAUCACAAUGUUCAAGAGUCUCUAGCACAGAGGAGACAAUAAUCAAUACCAGUGCUCCAAGCCUGUAAGAUACAUGUUUGGAAAGAGCUUAUCUGUUAUUUAUUAUUGAAAAGGGGGCAGGGUUGAACUAUGGGUUGAAUCUCUUUCUCCAUUCUGAAUUAUAAAACUGGUGAUAGAUGACCUAUAUCAAUAAGUUUGUCUCCACCAAUACCCUUGCCUCAGGUCACUGAUGUGUAUCAUGCUCUGUUUCUUUAAAGUUACAUACUAGACAUUUUACAAUUCUAGCUUGCACACACAUCAAUUUUCCUAUUCUGUAAUAUAUAAAGGAGAAAAUAGGGAAAGAGACAGACAGACAGACAGAAACAGAGAAAGAAAGAAAAGAACAAGAACAAAAAACCCAUGGGGUAGUGGGGUGAGCAGUUUAACCGGAAUAGAAUCAUAGAAUCAUAGAGUUGGAAGAGACCACAAGGGCCAUCGAGUCCAACCCCCUGCCAAGCAGGAAACACCAUCAGAGCACUCCUGACAUAUGGUUGUCAAGCCUCUGCUUAAAGACCUCCAAAGAAGGAGACUCCACCACACUCCUUGGCAGCAAAUUCCACUGUCGAACAGCUCUUACUGUCAGGAAGUUCUUCCUAAUGUUUAGGUGGAAUCUUCUUUUCUAAAGAAAUAUUCUGCCAGAUAUUCUGACAUUUACUUUUCUAUAUUUUCAUGUAAAUAUUUGUUCGUAAAUGGUGAUAUUUUGGAAAUCAGUCACAGUUACUGUAGCAAGCCUUGUUAUUCAGUGGGCUUCAGAAGCUUUGAGCUUGAGAGCCAGUGUGGUGUAGUGGUUAAGAGUGGUAGACUCGUAAUCUGGGGAACCGGGUUCGCAUCUCCACUCCUCCACAUGCAGCUGCUGGGUGACCUUGGGCUAGUCACACUUCUUUGAAGUCUCUCAGCCCCACUCACCUCACAGAGUGUUUGUUGUGGGGGAGGAAGGGAAAGGAGAAUGUUAGCCGCUUUGAGACUCCUUCGGGUAGUGAUAAAGCGGGAUAUCAAAUCCAAACUCUUCUUCUUCUUCUUCUUCUCUUCCUCUGUGUCAUCUAAAGUAGUAGAUGGUUCAUUUGGGUGGGUGUUUUUUUUUUUGCAUCAGCUACAAACGAAAUAUUGAUUAAUUGAUUAAACAGAAACAUAGUAAUGUUAAACACUUUCUGUUGUUCAGAUAACUGGAAAUCUGGUGAAGAGCAAACUUCGAGUGGAAGAACAGUAUAUCCAUGUCCUGCCAAUGAAUAGUGAAUGCAUAAUAAAUGGCAUCAAAGUGGUGUUGCUCGAUGCUAAUCAGUAGGUAUCUUUGACAGAAGCAAGGUCAAUACCAAAGGAGUUAAAAUGAUGGACUUAAGUAGAGACCUGCUUUCAAAAACUGUAGUUCAUGUUCAAAACUAUGUGGAUCCCAAAUAAAAAAUGGAAUGUCUUUCUCUUCUUCCCCCUUCUCUGGCAGUUGUCCUGGUGCUGCAAUGAUCCUAUUCCAAUUUCCGAAUGGGACUAAUAUGUUACACACGGGAGACUUCAGGGCAGAUCCUUCUAUGGAGCGCUGCCCUUUUCUUGUUGGUCAGAAAGUUCACACUGUCUACUUAGAUACAACGUAAGUUGCAUUUCAGUGAUAUGCUCUUAUCCUUGCUAUGUAAAAAAACCAAAAACCCAAAAACACCACAACCUGCUUAGCCUAGACUACCUUGAGCCAGUUUGGACGAUUACACACUGGUUUAUUAAACUGGGAUAUGAACAACUGUUACUUACAUAGUUCUUUGCCUCUUCUAUUCACUCUGGAAAGCGUAGCAGUUGGAAGCACCAUAGCAGACAUCAUUGUUGGGAAUCCACCUUUGAACCUGGAUUUUGAGAGGAUAGUUCCCUAGAAAAAAGUAUAGAACCUUUAGCCAAAACCUACAGACUUGACUUUGGUCAGUGAAAAGUAACUUUUACAGUCUUGGAAAAGCCCAGUAUGACUUCUCCCAUAUACAUUGUGAUGUAGAGGAACUCAUAACAAUGUAGUUUAUGGUGAGAGCUUUAAAAGGAGACAUUUUAUCUCCUGCAUCAGGUGCAGGUGCUUCUGCCACUAUUAAGAGUCUCCUUGGCAAUUGGCACCUAGCCUGAAAGAAGGACACCAUUUGCACAAGCUUCCAAGUCUCCUUUUUUGGGUCAGGAACUUUCUCUCUCACAGAUGCACCCUUCCCACUGCUCUCUCCCCUUCUCCCAGCAGUGCAGUAUAACCACUCUACUGUGCAGUAUAUGCUGGCGAGCUGGGGACCAGGUUCUAACAACUCAGGCAAAUCGUAGAAUGUUAGAGAUUAUCUUCUCCAACCCCAUAUAACUUGAUGUGGGUUUUACAAGAUAGGAUCCAACUAAAGCAUCCCUAAUAGGUGAAUACCUCUAGCAAAGAAGAACCCACUAUAUUCCGAGGCAUUCUAUUCCACUGUUAAAUGGCCCUUACAGUGUGGAAGAUCUUUCUACUAUUUAGCUGAAAUCUAAUGUACUAAGUUGUCCUUUGCACUGAUGGUUGAAUUAUAUAUCCCAGGAACUGCUGUCUGUCUCAGCACACCAUUGUAACUUCCAAUAUGCUGCUUCUGCAAAGUUAGUCAUUGUUAUAUCUCUGUAGAGCUUGAUCUUUCAUUGCUAUAUCUGGUGUAGGCCAACUGACAAAGCAAUGUGAUUUUUUAAAUAUGUCUUCUCUUUGCUUUUCUUAGAUACUGUAGUCCUGAAUAUACUUUUCCUUCCCAGCAAGAAGUGAUUCAAUUUGCUGUCAAUGCGGCCUUUGAGACAGUGACUUUAAACCCACGGACUUUGGUUGUUUGUGGCACAUAUUCUGUUGGAAAAGAAAAGGUCUUUCUAGGUAUGUGAGUGAACAUUCCACAAGAAUUGCAAAGAUUCUUUUUAAGAGUUAAUAUUUUCUUAGGGAAGAACAUUCAAUGGAAUCUAUUCUGAAACUUCUACUAAUAACAUGGUUGUGUUUUUUUUAAGCAUUACAGCAUUUCUGUAAAAGUACUUAAAUUUGGAGCACAAUAGGCUUCUUGGCAUGGUGCACAGAGAAGAAAUAGUCUAUGACAUGAACCGUUUGCUGAUGGCUGCCCCUUUUAAUAAUGCUGCAAUUUUAAAACACUCUAGCUGUAUUAAUAGUCCUGUAAAUGCAAUGCAUUUUUUAAACUUUUAACCUCAGCUUCUUGGUAUGUGCAUUAACUUUUCAAAUGCAAUGUAAUUUAUUUCCAUGCCAAAUUGGAAACAGUUGAAGCGUGUAUGUCAACGCUUCCUGACAUCCACCCACCACCCACUUGUAACUAAGCAAAUCUUUCAACCGCUUCAAACCUUUCAUGGCCUAUGCUUAAAUCACUACCCUUCUAAAUUCUACAGACCUAUUAGCUGAAUGUUUUUAAUCAGACAGCAGAUACUGCUUUUGAUGGUUCUUUUUGAAAGGAAUUAGUGGGUGUCCCUGGGUUACUCACAAGGGGGGCCACCACGAAAGGGUUGUUCUUCUCCUUUAAAACAACACGUACAGGCUGCCAGCUUCUAAAUGAAAUAUUCAUUCAUUUCCUUGAAUAAGAACCUUUUAUCACUGUAGCUAUUACUUCUCCUAGGUAAACCACAAUAGUACAUUCAUAUAAAGACUCAAGCAUGUAAAAAUCAGACUUGGUCAAUGUUUAUAAAAAAUGCACUUCUUUAAAGCAGGAUGGCAGACAGUGAGAGAAGCUGGUAGGCAUGUUUUUCUAACUUAGGCCAAUUCCCUAAGUUAUUGUAAACACUAUUGGAUGACCUGGUGUCUUCCAGCUUUUAAUCUGCCACAAGCCAAAAGCAGAAGUGACUCGGUUUAAAAAAACACUUGGACAUGCCCCUGUGAUGGUAACUGAGCAUUAAACUGAUUUUUUUAAACACUGAAGUUUUAUUUUCCUUGCCCACUUCUGUUUCCAUCAUGUCAUAAUCCUUCCUCCCCUUUCUGUAGCUAUAGCUGAAGUUCUAGGUUCAAGAGUGAGCAUGUCCCAAGACAAAUACAAAACACUGCAGUGCCUGGAAUCAGCAACAAUCAAUUCCCUUAUCACCCUGGACUGGAAUAACACUUUGCUUCACCUUCUACCCAUGAUGCAAAUUAAUUUUAAGGUAAGUAUUAAAACUGUCACUUGUACUCAUCUGGCUAAGCUUAAAUUGGUGGGGAGAGACAGAAGUCGAUCAUCUUGUUCCUAACAUCAUAUUUAAAAUUAAGGAACAAACCACUUCUCGGUACCUCUCAAUCUAAGAGUUUAUUUUCAGGGCCAGAACUGAACAGUGCCAGUCCUUUCACACAUAUACGCAAUCCUGGUUUUCUCCCAAGUUUUCUUCAUUUUAGCAGCCUAUUUUUUUUGAUGGGGUGUGUGUGAAAUUGUUAAACAUUUGAGAGUCCAGCUGUUCAGCAUCACAAACACCUGUGCAGUUGCUUUAAAGUUAUUUCUAGUGGCUGUGCUUUUAUUUCAUUACUAAAGAGUAUACAUAUUUCAUUUUCCAUUUUGUUCUUUAUAUAGACAUUUCUGACUUAAUAGCUUAUAUUCAAAUUGUGUUUGGUUUGAUUUGGUCUGUGUCACUGCUAGUCUUUGCCUUCUAUUUUAUGUAUUUGUAGAAUCUAAUUUCCCUUCACUUUCUUUCCUGCAUUUAUUUGUUGAAGUUUCUUUUCCUGCUUCUGAUGUCAUACAAUUUUCUGAAUACUAAUCUUUCCAGGUAUUUUCAAAUGGAUGCUCUUUGUACAAUGACUGAACAUACAUGAAACAGAUCUUGACAUAAAAAGCAUUGAUUAUCUUUUAAAUCCACACUAAGUUUAUUAUGCUUUCCGUGGACGAAAACAAAGUCUAUGCUAAAAAAAUUCAUCAUUUUCACUUUUAAUGUUUGACUAGCAUAAAGUCUCCAUUGAGAAUUCUUAGUCUAUGUCAGAUAUAUUUAUUUUUUACCAAUCUGACCAGUGGAAAUUUCAAAUUUUGUUGCUACAUAUUAUGUAAUUUAAAUGAAUGUUUUUGAAGCUUCUUAAAACAUUUUUUUCUACUAAUUGGCAUUCGCUGUUGACAGAAUGGACUCUGAAAGUGUAUAAAAUGCCACAGCUUCCAUUCUUAUCUAAUUUGAUUACACUGGUCAACAACAAAUUUGUUGUCUGCGUUUUUUCAGUUGAUUUAGAAUGAAUCUGAUGCGCUGAAUCCAAAAAUCACAUUGGUUUUGCUCAAUCAGGUCAAGUUUUUGAGCUAUGGCCACAUGUCGUUUUUUUACAUUUUUGUUCACAUGUACGCUUGUGUGGAGCAUUUUAGGAGAAGUUGGUGGGGGUAAAAUGCCAUGUCAAAUAAUUGUUUUGAUUGGAAAUGAUUAUUUUAAUGACAAGAAGUAUUCAGGUCCGAUAGUUCUGGGUGAUUAUGUCGAAAAGGGAUCAGUUUGAAGUCAUAAAACCUUGAAAUCUUCCAUAAAUUGGUGCGGCAAAGCAUAAAGUUGCUUACCAUGCUUAUUUUGGUAUUAAACUUGGUGACCAGGAUAAAGCUUGGGCGCCACACAUGGUGUGCAAGGCAUGCACCGAGACUCUACGUGGGUGGACCAAUGGCAAGAGGAGUCUGAACUUUGAAAUUCCCAUGGUUUGGAGGGAGCCAACAAACCAUGUCACUGACUGCUACUUCUGCGCUGUUGAUGUGACUGGGAUCAACAGAAAGAACCGGAGCAGCCUCAAGUAUCCUGAUCUUCAAUCAGCACGUCGUCCUGUAGCUCAUUGUGAUGAAAUUCCAGUGCCUAUCUUCGGAGAACUUCCUGACAUUAGUGACGAAGAUGCCUCCAGUGUUGAAGAAGAAGAAGUGGUUCUUGAAGAUGAUGCUCCACAUCCAUUUUCCCAAAAGGAGUUGAAUGAUCUAGUUCGCAACCUCAGCUUGUCAAAGGACUCUGCCGAACUGUUGGCAUCCAGAUUGAAGGAAAAAAACCUCCUCUCUGACAGUGCUCGCAUCAGCUUCUUCCACAACAGGCAUCAAGAGUACCUCCGUUUUUUCUCGGAAGACAAGGACUUGGUGUACUGUGCAGAUAUUGCGCAGCUUCUGCUCAAGCUUGGAGUGCCACAGUACGAACCCAAAGAUUGGAGACUGUUCAUUGACAGCAGCAAGCGAUCACUGAAAUGUGUUCUGCUACACAACAGCAACCAGUUUGCCUCUAUACCCCUGGCUCACUCGAGUACACUGAAGGAGAACUAUGAAGCGGUGAAGUAUGUGCUGGAGAAAAUUGGUUAUGAUCAGCAUAAAUGGUUUAUUUGUGUUGACCUGAAGAUGGUGAACUUUUUGUUGGGACAACAGUCUGGCUUCACCAUGUACCCAUGUUUUCUGUGCAGGUGGGAUAGUAGAGACCGUGCUCAGCAUUACACGAAGAAGGACUGGCCUGUGUGGGAGGAAUUGGUGCCUUGCAAAGAAAGGAACGUCAUCAACGACCCUCUGGUGGACAGAGACAGAAUACUCUUCCCACUGCUGCACAUCAAGCUCGGCUUAAUCAAGCAGUUCACCAAGGCUCUGGACAAGGAUGGUGACUGCUUCACUUACUUAUGCCAGGCUUUUCCAGGAUUGACCAUGGAGAAGUUGAAAGCUGGCAUCCUUGACGGUCCUCAGAUCCAUCAGCUCAUCAGAGAUCCAGAGUUCGGAAACUCAAUGAACGAAGUGGAACUGGAAGCGUGGAAGGCAUUUGUUCUGGUAGUGAAGAACUUUCUUGGCAACAAUAAGGCCAGAAACUACGCAGAACUUGUCAACAACAUGCUGACUGCUUUCAGAAACCUGGGCUGCAACAUGAGCGUCAAGAUGCACUACCUAUUUUCACAUAUGGACCGGUUUCCUGAGAACCUGGGUUCAAUGAGUGACGAGCAGGGGAGAGAUUCCAUCAGGACAUGAAAGAGAUGGAGACCAGGUAUCAGGGUCGCUGGGAUGCAGUCAUGAUGGCUGACUACUGUUGGACUCUGAAGAGAGACCUCCCUGCCACUGAGCAUUCCAGGAGUUCCAAGAAACAGAAGUUCAAGCCCUGAAGUUUGAAAAAUGGUGAAGCAACAUGCAAUUUACGUGUACUUACCUUUAUCAAUGCCCACCAUUCAGUUUACAGUAAUCAAUGUUUCUAUCAGGUAAUCAAUAUAUGUUGGUGGAAAAACAUUAUUUUCUCUUAAAAACAUAUUUAGGGUGAUAUGUGUUGACAAAAAUCAGCUGAUAAUGCCACAAAAAUGUAAUAGAUUUUGUCACAAGAUCUGAUUUUUUUUCAAAUCAACAUAGCACAAAAACUUGACCUGAUGGAGAGAAACAGAUGCCAUUUCCUGAUUCAGCAGUGCAAAAAUACCCUAAAGCAGUUGUAGAAAUCUAGACAACAUUCGAAAAGUAAAAAAUUGUUGCCCAGUGUUAUUUGACAAGACUCUGAGAACUCUUGCCAUCAUUUAGUCUGUUUUGCUUUGAUCAGAAUACUUAUCAAAAAAAUUUGCAAUGAAUGUUUUAAAUCCUUAAUAACCAACUGUUCUUUUCUAUCAACAGAAUUUGAAGAAUCACCUGAACAAAUUCUCUGAUAAUUUUGAUCAAAUUUUGGCUUUUAAACCCACUGGGUGGACUUAUUCAGAUGGGUGUGGCUCUUUGAGUGAUAUUAAACCUCAGACCAAAGGAAAUAUCACUAUAUAUGGUAACAUAAUUUCAAAUGUUUUAAUAUGUUUAUUUCUUUUCUGAUAGCCUUUUCACAUACUGUAUUAUUUCUUCUUGUGGGUAAUGGAUGUACCUUAACAGAAAUGAAAUGAUUUAUCAAUGAACAUCCUACUUCAUUGUUAACUAUCGUUGGUCCUGCUCCUAUGGACUUGUAGACAGCAACUGUGGAUACAGCUUGUUGUUACCAACUUUGGGAAAGCUGUGACCCUCCAGGUAUUGCUGGACUACAACUCCCAUCAACCUUGACCAUUGGACAUUGGAAAUGUUUAUUGGCGCUGAACAUCUGGAAGCCCUGGACUGGUGCCUGGACUUGGUGAUGGACUGCAUGAGGGCCAAUAAACUGAGCCUGAAUGCUGGCAAGAUGAAGGCCCUGUGGGUGGGUGAUUCUUGAGUCCAGAUAAUUGGUCUGUCUGUUCUGGAUGGGGCAGUAUUCUCUCUGAAAGAGCAGGUUUAUAGUCUGGGGUUGCUCCUGGGUCCAUCUUUGUCACUAGAGACCCAGGUGACCUCAGUGGCUAGGAGUACCUUCUACCAGCUUUGGCUGGUAAUAUACCUACAAACAUUUCAAGACCAGGAUAGUCAUGUGCUGGUAACCUCCAGACAAGAUUGCUGCGGUGUGCUUUCUGUGGGAAUGCUCUUGAGGUUGGUUCAGAAGCUGCAGCUGAUGCAAAAUGUAGCAGCUCAACUGCUCAUUGAGGGAGGAUUUCACCAGCAGACUGUCUCUAUGUUGAAAGAAUUGCACUGGCUACCAAUUACUUACUGGGCUAAGUUCAAGGUGCUGCUUUUGGUCUACAAACCCUGAUAUACAGCUUGGGAUCAGGAUACUUGAAAGGUUGUAUCAUCCCUUAUACACCCAAUCAAACACUGCACUCUGCAGGUAAAGUUCUCCUGCAUAUACUAUCUUAUCAGAAGAUAUUUUCUGCAGAGUGUAGACUUCGGGCCUUUCAUGACAUCUACCUUUUGGAAUUCCCUCCCAUUGAAUCUUAAGACAGGCACCAUCUCUGUUGACUUUUUGGCAGCUACUGAAGACCUCCCUCUUUCAACAAGCCUUUUAAGUUGAGAUCUUUCUCAGUAUGCAUCUGUACUGGAAUUGUUUUUAAGAUGUUUAAAAAAUGUUUUUAUAGUUUCAUAACUUGUUUGCCACCCUGGGCUCCUUUGGGACGAAGGGCGGGAUAUAAACUGAAUUAUUAAAUAAACAAAUGAUAUUUUAUACAAGUCCAUUGUGCUAAACACAUUGGCUAAAUUCAUUCUGUGUUGUCUCAUUUGCAGGAAUACCUUACAGUGAGCACAGCAGUUUCCUUGAAAUGAAACGCUUCAUCCAGUGGUUGAAACCUCAGAAAAUUAUCCCUACUGUAAAUGUGGGAAACUGGAAAUCCAGAAAUGAAAUGGAGAAGCAUUUCAGAGCCUGGAAGAUGGAGGCUGCAGGAUGGAACUAGGAAGAAGAGUGGAAUUUGCAGCUGUAUGCCUUACAUUCCCUUUCUGUUUUUUCUGUCCUUUUCUUUGGCUCUGACCUUUGCAGAAGCAAUAAUACAGUGAUUCCUUCAUUUGCUAAUUAUAAAGAUACCGUUUGUUAUCUGUAGCUGUAACUGGUAGAAACUUUGUCAAAGGAGGUAUGCCCUGAAAAGCACUUUAAAGAAAUGCAAAAUGUUAAGCACCUCUCUUACAAAUCCAGGCUCCUUAGAUGGCAUAAACAAAUCCCUCCUGAUAGGUAAGAAAGUGGUGGCUACUGAUAAAUCCCUGUCAUACUGAAGUAUCUAUUUGGGUCCCAGGGGGACAAACAAGUAUGCAAAUAUUUUACUGGGGGAUUUCAUGCUACUUGCUUUGUGGUCUCACCACAUGUUAAGUGACAGGCAUCCAAAUUGAAGGUUUUUGUUUCUAAGACAGUUGGCAGCCUUGCCAGUCUUAAAUUGUUUAAGCUUGGGGGGGGGCGCUUUCCUGAAAUUUUCAUGACCAAGAGUCUUCUGAACAACCAUUUUUAUAUGAUGAAUUUGGUGGACUAACAUCUAGGUCAUCUCCCCCCCCCCCCAGACAGUCAAAAAUAUAUUAUAUGGAUCCAAGUUGUCCUGCAAGAUGGUAGUAUGAAUCUGCAUAGCAAUUAGCAUCUCAGAGCUAGGAGUCUUAACACUAAUUUUGUAACUUAUUUGCAGAGUUUAAAUCAUUAUUGCACGCUCCGCACAGGUACAGAGUAGAACAAUUAAUGUCAAGGAAAAUGUAUGAAUGAGAAUAUUUUACACAUUUUUAUAAAAGAAAUACAUUUUUAAUAAACGACCUAAAU